AUGGUGCCUGGAGAUACUUCUAUAGAUUUCUUGGUUCAAAAGUUGAACGCCGACAGAAUAAUUAAGUUCCUGGAAGAAGGUGAUGGAGUCCCUGAUCAAAGCCAAGAUCCAACAAUUAGAGUCUGUAGAUACUGCCACCGAGAGUUCAAGUCGGCCAAGGCCUUGGGAGGGCAUCUUCGGAUCCAUAGUCAGUACCAGAGUGGGUCCAGCCAUGGAAAAUUGAGGAAGCCUAAACGUGCAAAGGCGGUGAAUGGCGUGCACCAAUGUGAGAUUUGUGGCAAGACGUUCCAAACCGGUCAGGCACUUGGUGGCCACAAAACGUAUCACCGAGUUAAGCCAGUUGUUGAUCCAUCCAGGGGCUGGUUAGUCCGGAGAAAAGCCAAAGAACAAUUGUCUGGAGAAUCUGGUCAAGUUAUCGAUAGAUUCAGCAGAAUGCCGUUGCCAAGGCCAGGAGAAUUGUCUGGAGAAGAAGCCCAUCCAUCUGUACAAUCUAAUAAUCAAGGGGUUACUAAGAGGCUGCUAGAUUUUGAUCUUAAUAUUCCUUAUAUAGAAUGA